AUGACCAGGACCAACAUCAGGCGUGCGAGUGAGCUGCUCAAACACAACAAGUGGGGAGGAGAGGAGAUCUGCCUAGUUCCUGACGCCAGUAGCCCAGGUGGUCUGGAAAAACUGAUUCUUCUGUCGGGAGGAGCCUGUGACGACCAUGAGUUCGUUGUGUACACCGAAGUAUUCUCACGACGUGUGAGAGCGGACCGCUGGGUCAAUCUUGGUGUCGGUCCAGAAGAAGGGGCGAGAACUCCAUCGGGACCAGAUUCAACGGUCACGCCCCCGAAUCGAGUUGGCGUGCCUCGUGUUGUCGCCAGUCUCGGUACAACUCAGUUCUGGCUCCCAGCCACGGGUAGGCGACAGACUGGAGAAGGAACACCACCACGGCCAUCUGACCUGAUGUACCUCGCUGUUGUUGCAGGUAACUCCGGCGCCCAGGUCGUCAAGUUCUUCACGGCUAAAUCGCUUGAGAAAUUGACCAACUGGAUGUAUGCGGAAGUUUUGAACGGUUAUUCGACUGUCUUCACGGGUGCCUGUUUCCAGUCUGAGUGGGCGCGACGCGAGCAGGGGAAUGCCACAUUGUCGAUUGUCCAUGAUUUAGAGGGCUUGAGAGGUCUCCGAGAGGAUAAUGAGUCUGGACCAGCCAACUUGAGGCCCAGGAUUGGCAUUCUCUGCUAG